GCCAUUGCCGCACCUAACCAGAGCCGGCGCCUAACUAGCCCACCUCUCCCUGAAAGUGUGGCCGGAGCUGGCGCAGGCCUACCGUAGAUCCGGCGGCCUUGAGCUCCACCGUCACCAACAGCGGCGACAACCGUACGGAGGCCAGACGGGAUCUGGUGGCCUGAGAAUGGUGAGAACCAGCAGCAAUGUUCGGCCAUCAGAUCCGGUGGAAGCUCAUCUUGGGGCGGAAGCAGAGAUAGCCACGCUGAUUCGAUCGGUUCCUCUCUUGCAAGUUGCAACUCCGGCCAGUUCCUCUCCUCCUCUCGUUCUCAUGUUUCAUGUAUUCAUGUUCAGGUUGCACGAACUAUUUGCAGCUCACACGGGAGCCGACCUCGAGUUUGACUAGAGCCAGAGGUGAUGGACUGCGCAAGGUCCGCACCCCCGCAUCAACAACCUGGACAUCCGUCUCCGGCGUCAUCGGCGAGCUGCAGCCGGACGACCAGAAUUCUGUCUUCCUCUAUAAUGAGCUAGAUGAUGUCAAAUGCACGACUGCCAAUGGUGGCCUCAUCGGUGGUGCCAUCUUGCGAGAGGGAAGCAACAUUGGAGGCAGUCCGAACCGUGAGAAUGAUCACGAUGCUAAUGAGAACAUGGAUGAUAUCUACGGCACGAGGAGAUGAUACAUAUAGCGAUAAACGUUUUGACCCAUAUAGUGAUGAGCAUUAUGAUCACUAUAGAGAUGAUGGUGACGAGUCGAAUGAGCUGCAUAGUCGUGCAACAAAGUGAAGUUCUGAAAUUUAC